UUUUCAAAAUUCUAUUACUGCUACAAUUAUACACAGACAAUAUCCCCAAUUGCAAAGCUUCAGCUCAGCCUACAAUCUAACCGAUUUCGCUAGAAAAUCGAUAGCUUUAUACGAUGUCGUAUUUGCUGCCUCACCUUCACUCCGGCUGGGCCGUCGAUCAGGCUAUCCUGGCGGAGGAGGAGCGCCUCGUUCUCAUCCGCUUCGGCCACGAUUGGGACGAGACCUGCAUGCAGAUGGAUGAGGUGCUGGCGUCAGUUGCCGAAACACUAAAGAAUUUUGCUGUCAUAUACCUGGUGGAUAUCACAGAGGUCCCUGAUUUCAACACAAUGUACGAGCUGUAUGACCCCUCCACCAUCAUGUUCUUCUUCAGGAACAAGCACAUUAUGAUUGAUCUUGGCACUGGAAACAACAACAAGAUCAACUGGGCCAUGAAGGAUAAGCAAGAGUUCAUUGACAUCGUUGAGACUGUCUACCGUGGCGCCAGGAAGGGGCGUGGUCUGGUCAUCGCCCCUAAGGAUUAUUCCACCAAAUAUCGUUAUUGAAAAUAUCAUGCUAUCCUCUGUUAUUGUACAUUUGACUUGCAAAUGAAGGUUUGCAGACUCACACCCUUCUAGUUGUUCUAAGAGUCCGUGUAUUCUGCUGCGAUGUGAUUAGCCAUGAUAAACAUAAAUACUGUUGCUGCUCUUUUUUCGUUGGUGGAACUUCAUUUGGGAUUUGAUCUAAGAUGUGCCACCUUAAUAUAUAAUUGGGUUUUGUUGCAA